AUGACUCGGAUCGGCAGCUUCACUGCAAUGUAUGAGGAUGGACUGCCAGAAGUUCGCCGAAAGAACGAGAAGCUCCGAGCCUUUAUGAAGACUCUUGCCUGGCCUAGGCUGUCAUGCUUUGACGUGAAAGGCAGUGUUUAUGACUUGCCCCUGGACGCUGCAAGCGUCAGGUCCACUGAAUCGAUCGAUGCACGUGCGGGUUCCAAAUUGCAGUACUUGGCCGGUUUUUUUGACGGAGAUGGUAGCAUUUCUUGCUUGGGGUCAUUGUCCGGGUGCUUCUUGGAGGUGUCGCAGUCCUUCGACAAGGCUGAGGUUCUCAUGCUGCUACGUGAAACAUUCGGGGGAAGCAUCGGGCGCGGGCGCAACGGCCUGGGCCUGCACAAACCUGUCUUGCGGAGGGCGGCCUCGCUCGUGGCCACAUACAGCAUCACCAAACGGAAACAGCUUUUACUGGCGGCCGAAUGGCCAGAAACACUGCCCCACAGAGAGCGCUGCAAAGCCGAGCUGAAAGUGCUGAAGGAAUACGAUUCAGCAGUCGCAAGGCCGUGCAGUUGGGAGUACUGUGCCGGCUUCUUUGAUGCCGAGGGCCACAUCGCGCAGCCAAAAGCAGGGUCCUCCCUGUCUCUGCGCAUGGAUCAGAAACACCCCACAGUGUUGAAUUGUCUCCGUGAUUUUUUGGCUGAGAGUAUCGGCGUAGAUGCUACUGUGAGCUGGUCCAGGCGUAUGCCGUGCCUGCGUCGGUUGUUGGUUACCAACUUGCUCGAUUGCAAGCAGGUGCUUCAGUGCAUGUUGCAAGCUGGACUGCUGUGCAAAGCGAAGCCGGCAGAGCUGGCUUUGGGUCUGACGCCGGAGAACGCGUUGCAAGUCAAUGCGGAAUUGGCUUGCCUCACUGGGAACCAAAUGUAUGGAAAGAGCUUAGAUGCUUCCGGUAGGCACAGGGCGAAAACGAUAGCCGCCCUGCGGGAACAAACCAGAAAGAUGGUCAGAUGCCAAGAGCUUCACAUGGCCGAAGCGAUACUGAGAAAGCUGGAGGCAUUACAGUCUGAGCACGCGCUGCUCAAGGCGCUGAAGGAAAAUGCGCAGUUGCUCGACUACUGUCGUGGUAUUGAAUAUUUGCACGACAUUUGUUGGGAAGGUCCGCACGACUUGUGUGCACAUUAUGUGAACAUGGAUUGCGGUGCGAAAAGUCAGCAGCACCUGAAUACAGAGGAAGCUGUAGAACAGCAGGGAGAAGGACAGGAAAAACAUACGUCUCGGAAGCGUACGGCCAUCCUAUAA